CCCGCCCCGCCCCGGCUCCACGCGAGUCCACACACCCCCACCCACCCACACCACUCCCUCCUCCGCCCUCCCCCCUUCGCCGCCGCCGCCAGUUCACGGCCGCCCUGCCGCCCGAUCCGACCGCGGACGCACGGAUCGCCCCGCCAUGGACCAGUACGAGAAGGUGGAGAAGAUCGGGGAGGGCACGUACGGGGUGGUGUACAAGGCCAAGGACCGUCACACCAACGAGACGAUCGCGCUCAAGAAGAUCCGCCUCGAGCAGGAGGACGAGGGCGUCCCCUCCACCGCCAUCCGCGAGAUCUCCCUCCUCAAGGAGAUGCACCACCGCAACAUCGUCAGGCUGCAGGACGUCGUGCACAACGACAAGUGCAUAUACCUCGUCUUCGAGUACCUCGACCUCGACCUCAAGAAGCACAUGGACUCAUCCCCGGACUUCAAGAACCACCGCAUAGUCAAGUCCUUCCUCUACCAGAUUCUGCGGGGCAUCGCGUACUGCCACUCGCACCGCGUGCUCCACCGCGAUUUGAAGCCGCAGAACCUGCUGAUUGAUCGCCGUACCAACCUAUUGAAGCUUGCUGACUUUGGAUUGGCAAGGGCGUUCGGCAUUCCUGUUCGGACUUUUACUCACGAGGUGGUGACACUUUGGUAUAGAGCACCUGAAAUUCUUCUUGGUGCGAGGCAUUAUUCUACCCCAGUUGAUGUGUGGUCAGUUGGUUGCAUUUUUGCUGAAAUGGUGAACCAGAAGCCACUUUUUCCUGGGGAUUCUGAGAUUGAUGAGCUGUUUAAGAUUUUCAGAAUUUUAGGCACUCCAAAUGAAGAAACUUGGCCAGGCGUUGCUUCCUUACCUGACUACAAGUCAACUUUUCCAAAGUGGCCAUCCGUGGACUUUGCAACAGUGGUCCCAACACUUGAACCUGCGGGAAUUGAUCUUCUAUCAAAAAUGCUGCGGCUAGACCCGAGCAAGAGAAUCAACGCCCGUUCAGCCCUCGAGCACGAGUACUUCAAGGACCUCGAAGUAGCCUAGUAGAUCAGCCAUGCCCGCUCCCGCCCCCUCUCUGUAUAUUAGAUUGCAUUGCUCGGCCGGCCGAGCCCUCCUUUUUGGCUGCUGCAUUAAUCUUAAGAUGGUGUGCUCCUUUUGACUCUUGGUUGUGUAGAGAAAUGAGAGCAGAAGGUUAUCUAUCGAUGCCAAUCAGUGUAACUGUGUAAGUUGACCCAAACUGAGAGAUCUUUGUGCCAUGGGAGCCCUACAUCGCAAUUUUGCUCGGCUGUGUCAGGCGAUAUGGACCUUUUCUUUUUCAGCUGGAUGCUCACUCUGUUCCAGGCUUCCAGCUGGUGCUAUACUUGGGAUCCUUUUGUCA